AUGCUAUCUCAUGUCUUUGGUACUACCUGCUCACCUUCUAUUACAACCUUUGCUCUACGAAAGGUUGCAGAAGAUAAUUUAUCUAAUGCGUAUCCGACCGCUGUUCGAUGCAUUUGCUUUGAUUUUUAUGUAGAUGACGGAUUAUUUUCAAAAGAUACAGUAGAGGAGACAUCUACAUUAGUUCGACAGACUACUGAUGUACUGGCAACGGGAGGUUUUCACUUGACUAAAUUUUUAAGCAAUGAACCAGAAGUUCUACAAAGUGUUCCUGAAGAGGACAAGGCUCCCGUUGCUCAUGCUCUGGAACUAGGCAAUGAUGCGCAAUUUGGCUUUCGCCAAAAUCACGCAACAUGCCAUGCAACAUCUCUACUUGUCAGUAAAAUUUUAGAAGGAUUUGAAAAGAACGAGUAUAUUCUUAGUAUGUUCUUGGGCCUUUCCAAGGCAUUUGAUAGUAUUGACCAUGACACAUUACUAGCCAAAUUGCACCAUAUUGGUGUUAGAGCAGAUAUUGCCAGUCGUGGACUAAUGCCCGAUAAGUGCCACAAAGCUGAUUGCUGGUUCAAAGGACCUCCGUUUCUGAGAAGCAAGGAACCAUUGGGAAAAUCACAUAUUUCUGAAACAAUUGAGGACUCUGAAAUAUGUUCUGAAGUGAAAGUUAAUUAUAAUGAAAUUUCCUACAAUGACAAGAAUUCUACUACACAACAACCUGGACUUAUGCUGUUGUUGGAACGUUACUCUAAAUUUGAAAGACUUAUUUCCUCUGUGAUAUGGCUUCAAAGAUUCAAGACUUACAUGAUUGGGAAAUUGCUACAUCGUUCUGAUUCUCCUGUUACUGGUUGUUUUACUGUUGCAGAACGGGAAAAUGCAACUAUAGAUAUUGUGAAACUUAUUCAAACAGAUUCGUUGUCUGCUGAUCUUUGCUAUUUUAAAGAUAUGAUGAGUUCGGGCCCUCCACCUUCUGACAGAAAACGACUUAAAUCGCCGUUUGCUAAAGAACUCUUGCAGUGUAAUCGAUAUGUGGUUUGUCGAGUUGGAGGCAGGCUUCGUCAAUUCGAAUUACAACCUGAUCAUAGGAAUCCUGCAAUUUUACCACCAUAUCACCAUGCCACUAAACUUCUGAUCGAUAAUGUCCACUGUGAACAUGGACAUUGUGGAAGCAAUCAAGUACAGGCUUAUUUGUUACAAAAAUAUUGGAUAUUGCAUCUUCAGUCAGCGGUGGCAAAAAUUCUUAGAGAAUGCAUGCCAUGCAAGAUUUGGUCUGCCAGACCUGGUAAACAAUGGAUGUCAGAUAUGCCUGCUGUUAGACUUUGUGCAGGAAAUAGACCAUUCUUUCACAGCUUCGUUGAUUAUUUUGGUCUUAUAAAGGUCAAGUUGGGCAGAAGCGAACGUAAGCGUUACGGAGUUAUAUUCACUUGUCUUUCUACUAGAGCAAUUCAUCUGGAGGUUGCAGAAAGUUUGGAUACCUCUGCAUUUUUACAAGCCUUUUUUCGUUUUGUCGCGCGACGUGCAAGACCAGCUCACAUGUACUCUGACAAUGGUACGAAUUUUAUUGCUGGAAGUAAAGCUCUCAAGGAUGAAAUUACAAAUUGGAAUGGGAAACAAAUUGACAAUGCUUUUGCACAAAAUGGAAUUCAAUGGCAUUUUUCACCACCUCUUGCAAGUCACCAGAAUGGAGUUGUUGUAAGAUUGAUCAGGGAAGUUGAGAAGAUUCUGAGGAAUAUGCUUGAUGAUAAACCAUUAACCGAUUAUUCACUAUGGUCUUUUUUGGCUGGAGUGGAAUCCAUCUUAAAUGACAGACCCCUUACUCGAGUAAGUAAUGAUCCCAGAGACCUCCAUGCCCUGUCACCUAACUCUAUUUUACUAAGUAAAUUAGAUCCUGAUCUCUCCCCUGAUGUUUUUCUGCGAGGUGAUGAGUAUAGACAAGGCUAUAGACAUGUCCAGCGGUUGUUGGACAUAUUUUGGCAGAGAUUUACAAGGGAAUAUUUACCUCUGCUUCAGAAACGCUCAAAGUGGUUUCAUCCCUCCCCUAACCUGAAGCCUGGUAACUUAGUACUUAUGUGUGAUGACAUACUUCCCCGUGGUAGUUGGCCAAUGGCUGUUGUGGAUGAGGUUUAUCCUGAUAGACUAGGCAUUGUGCGUAGGGUGAAGGUACGAACCUCCAAAUCUACCUUCAUGCGUGAUGUUAGGAAGAUAAGUUCACUUGAACUUGAUUAA